AUGGCCUUGGAGGAGGGGCGAGGGACAGGUCUGGCUAGUUCUGCCCUGUUGUUCAUACACAGGAUUACCUCACAUGUCCCAACUGGCUUCCCCGCCCAUCUGGUGAGGGCUGGCCCUCAGCCCUCCAACCCCCUUUUCCUUACCUGCCUGGGAAGCCAAACAUGGAUCUUCCCGUCAACAUCAGCUGAGCCUGGAAGCUUCACCCCUCCGGAGACCAUGGAAAGAGACAGCCGCCUGAAUGCCUCCUCAGCAAGGACGCCUCCAGCCCGGGCAUCGCUGGCCUGUGCAUGCCCAGUCUGGGUAUCACCUUCCAGGUCAUCGCCUGCCAUGUCAGCCUCCACGACAUCAUCUCCAAUGAGAGUACACCUUGUUAAAGCCACACCAGUGAGGGCCGUACAUGUCCAGGCAACUCCUGCCAGGUCCACACCAGCUGCCAGGGCCGCCAGCGCCACCAGGGAGAGUCCAGGUGUCAACUUGCCCAAGUUCACCAGGCGGGAGGGCCUGAAGCAGCUGCUGCUCAUCGGAUGUGUCCUCCUGCUCAUCGCCCUCGUGGUGUCGCUCCUCGUCGUCUUCUACUUCUGGCGGGACCACAUAGGGAUCAAGUACAAGGAGCCGGUAGAGAGCUGCCCCAAGCAGGCUGUGCGCUGUGAUGGGGUCGUGGACUGUAAGCUGAAGAGCGACGAGCUGGGCUGUGUGAGGUUUGACUGGGACAAGUCUCUGCUUAAAGUCUACUCUGGAUCCUCCCAGAAGUGGCUUCCCAUUUGCAGUGACAGCUGGAAUGAUUUCUACUCGAAGAAGACCUGCCAGCAGCUGGGUUUCAAGAGUGCUUACCGGACAGCCAAGGUGACCAAUAAGAAUUUUGACAGCAGUUUCUCCAUCUCCAAAUAUAGCUCCACCUUCCAGGAGAGCAUCUACAGGUGUGUGAGGCGGGCCAGGCUGUCACCUGUGAGCAGGUCUGAAUGCCCUUCCCAGCAGUAUGUGACUCUCCAGUGUCCCCACUGUGGACUGAGGGCCAUGACCGGGCGGAUCGUGGGAGGGGCGCUGGCCCCCGAGAGCAAGUGGCCUUGGCAAGUUAGUCUGCAGUAUGCCCACACCCACAUUUGUGGGGGCACGCUGAUCGACGCCCAGUGGGUUCUCACCGCCGCCCACUGCUUCUUCAUGACCCCAGAUAAGAUCCUGGAGGACUGGAAGGUGUACGUGGGCACCAACAACCUGCACCAGCUGCCCGAGGGAGCCUCCAUUGCCCAGAUCAUUAUCAACAGCAACUACACGGACAACCGGGACGACUAUGACAUCGCCCUCAUGCGGCUCUCCGAGCCCCUGACUCUGACCGCACAUGUCCACCCUGCCUGCCUCCCCAUGCAUGGACAGACCUUCAGCCUCAAUGAGACCUGCUGGGUCACAGGCUUCGGCAAGACCAAGGAGACAGAUGAGAGGACAUCCCCCCUCCUCCGGGAGGUGCAGGUCAACCUCAUCGACUUCAAGAAGUGUAACAACCAGCUGGUCUACAAGAGCUACCUCACCCCGAGGAUGAUGUGUGCGGGGGACCUGCAGGGAGGGAGAGAUUCCUGCCAGGGAGACAGCGGGGGGCCCCUGGUCUGCGAGCAGGACCACCACUGGUACCUGGCAGGAGUCACCAGCUGGGGCGUGGGCUGUGGCCAGAGAAACAAACCCGGCGUGUACACCAAAGUGACGGAAGUCCUCCACUGGAUAUACAGCAAGAUGGAGAGUGAGACGCGCUUCCAGAAAGCCUAAGUCUGGCUCCACCGCACGGCACUGACUGCUGUAAAGACUCUGGCCAAUGUGAUCGGGCCAUAGGCACCAUCACCUGGGCUAAAGGCCACCAGACACCAUCGUUACUGCCACCUCCACUGCCUGCUGCCUCUGUGAAUACACAUGUGUGUGUGCGUGGGCACAUGUGUGUGUCACUGCUUUCCCAAGGUCUUCAGAAACCAGGAGAGCUGUCAGCUCUUCUCAAACACCAGGCUGGAAAUCACCUGAAGAUAACUGUUUGGACACCAUGGAGGUUCCCACAGGGGUGACCAUAAUGGAUGGAGGAGGUGGAGCCCAGGGAAGGGCCUGGAAGGUCACAUCAGGAAUUCUUACUUCUCUGACCCUAACUUGGAGACUAGUCCCGAAUGGGCUGCGCAACCCCCCCACCCCGACGGUGGCCCAGCCGUCACUGCCAUCAAGGGCCAGUAAUAGGUUUCAUAGGGUACCGGGACCAUCCCUAGCGGGAAGACAUUCCUGCUGACCUUCUGUGUGGCCUCUCCCCUCUCAGCCCUCCUGCUGGGGCCGUGCCGUGGCUGUCCCCACUGACAACUCAGGACAGGGCUCACUGUCCUCGUUUGGUCACAGGCUGUUGGAGGCAAAUUUUAUUUCAUUUUAUUUUUAUAGUCAAGAAAUAGAAGUAGGGCUUCCCUGGUGGCGCAGUGGUUGAGAGUCUGCCUGCCGAUGCAGGGGACGUGGGUUCGUGCCCCGGUCCGGGAAGAUUCCCACAUGCCGCGGAGCGGCUGGGCCCGUGAGCCAUGGCCGCUGAGCCUGCGCGUCCGGAGCCUGUGCUCCACGAUGGGAGAGGCCACAGCAGUGAGAGGCCCGCGUGCCGCAAAAAAAAAAAAAAAAAAAAAAAAGAAA